CAUUUUGGUAAGAUACGUAUAUUUGCAAGCAAUAAAGCUGUAUAUCUGCUGCGUUUAUCGUCUGCGGCUCAGACUUAAACUCGGGCUAUAAAUACCAGUCUUUGCAUUAUUUUUAAAUUUAAUUCAGUACACACUUUCACCUGCAACAGUUGCUUGUUAAGUACGGUUUGGUAGUGCUUCGGAUACGAUCACUCCUUAAUCUGCGAUCGUUACUACUGUAUUCGCCUGCAGAAAUCAUUUGUUUUGUGUAUUUAAGCCGCAAACGUAACACACAUAUAUAUACAAAAUAAUAUUUUUAUAAUUGUUUUAACUAUAGUAAACUACACCGGUUCAAUCAAAGCCAUUUUAAAUUAGUGAAAGUCACUUGAAAGUUUUUAAAAUUAUUAUUUAGUUGAGAAAAAAAUGAAAGCCUUUUUGAUAGUUGCUUGUGCAUUAUACGUGUGCGUUGCCAGCCAGGAUGAUAAGAAGAUCAGUCAAAGUAACACUGAUAAUGAAAUAAAAAUUUAUAAGCGUCUGAUACCAGCUGAUGUGUUGCGAGAUUUCCCUGGUAUGUGUUUUGCCUCCACACGUUGUGCUACAGUCGAACCUACAAAGACAUGGGAGCUGACACCCUUUUGCGGUCGGUCAACGUGUGUUCAGAACGAUGAAACCCCGGCCAAGUUAUUGGAGUUGGUAGAAGAUUGCGGCCCACUACCGUUAGCCAAUGAAAAAUGCAAACUGGACACUGAAAAAACAAACAAGACAGCACCUUUCCCAUACUGCUGCCCUAUCUUCACCUGUGAACCUGGCGUUAAGCUUGAAUAUCCUGAAAUUCCAAAGGAAGAAACGACAAAGGAAUAAUUUUUUGUAAGCAUAGGAAUGGUUAUUAUGGUUUAAUAAAGGAGGUUAAUAAAUCACAACCAUGGAUCUAUUACGAUUUACAUGCAUAUGUCUAUACAUAUGAACAUACGUAUUACCUAGCGAUAUAAUCAUAAUUCGAUAUACAUAAAAUAAUUCAGUAACUCAAGGAAAUAUCAAAUAUACCAAUUGUAUUAAACGUUUUUGCUUUAUCCCUCUUUUGAAACUGACAUGAAAAGUUAAUUCAAUAAUGUCUAUAUUAUAUCAAUACAGGAAGUUUGCUAAUAAAAAAAUUUACAUAUUUGCCAAUUUACAUGCAAUCUGCUAUAUAUUGUAUACAAGUAUACAGAAACAUAUUUGUCUUUAUAAUUUUAAUUAAAUAGGAUAGCUUAAGUAUAUAGUAAUAGCAUUUGUCUCCUAAAAUUUGCAUCACCUAAAAUUAUAAUGAAUGAGAAGCUGAACCAGCUUUUAGAUAUCUCGCCACUAUUAUUUUAGAACUUCAACUAUCGGAUUUAUUAGUGAAAUACUUAUAGUGUUGUAACGGGAUAAUAAGCUUAUUAAAGCUUGACGCAUAUAAGAAAAUCAGUUUGUAUUGAACACCAUUACAUUAAAUAGGAACAAAUUAUUGCAAAUUCAGCUAUUUCUAUAUUGGGGCUACCUUAAUGUACCUAGUUCGGAAUUAAGUACAUGAAGUCAAACUUGGCCAAAUAUCAAAGUCAAAUAUAAGAAUGGGAAAACGACCAUAAAUGCCGACUUAAUGCUACGUAUAUUAUCUAGUUCAUCGAUCAAUACGUUUACAAUCCAAAUAAUAUUAAAAGAGGUUAAAUACGUAUAACUAAACUAAAAAUAUCACCGGAUUUAAAAAUUUUAAAAAAUAAUGUGAAUAAUAUGUUUGUAUCUUAAAAACUAACAAAAAUGUUUCGUAUGAAUGCUAACAUAUGAGUAGUUAAUACAUAUGUUCAUAUGUCUGUCGAGUUUAAUUAAAAUAUAUUACUUAAAUCGAAGCAUAUAAAACAAAGCCAACCGGAUCAAUAAAAAUUAAUAAGAAUCAUUUUCAAUAUUUUCGAAAAAAAAUGUCACAUAACUCUAUAGCUCUUAAGUGUUUCGAAAACAGUUAUUUUCGGUAAAUUCAAUUGCGUUGAUCAACUAAAAACGGCGUUAUAGAAAAAACCGCGAAAGAUUUAAUUUGUGAGUUAUCUAUAUGUAAGCGAAUACCCGUACGUAUAUUUUAACCAUAAUCAUAUAAUAUUAAGAGAAUGUUGAUCCACUCUAGUUUAAAAAUUAAAUAUUUCUGUAAAUUACAAUUUAUGCAAAAAUAUAUUUGUCAAUUUUAGACCAUUUUAGGUUAGAUGAAUGUGACCAUGUACAACAAAAAAGUGCGACUCUAAAAACUGUUAUGUUCAAAAAAUAUUUCAUUUUGAUAUUGGCCAUUGCUCUUUCAAAAUAUGAAAGGAAAGGGAUGCCUAACUAGCAUUCUUGUACAUAUAUGUAUAUUCCACCAUCUGGCCAUUCUAUCCCUCAUAGUUCCAAAGCGACAUGCACAAUAUUGCCUUAUUUAAAUUCCUCCACUUCUUUAAGAGGAUAUUCGUAUUUUUAUAUAACCGCUUACGAUUCCUGUUGAAUCGAAAAACGCAAUAUCAAGCAUUUGUAUUCGGCCUAAAUAUGAAAUAAAAUAUCAUCAAAAAAUUCGAAA